ACCCUGAUCCUCCGAGCGUUGCGGAUUCACUUUCCAGGAGCAACAGCAGCAAUCAAGUCUCGUCGCGUCCUUACGACAGUGUGUUUGCAACCAUCGCAUUUCAGGAUUUCCUGUGGCCAUAGAGUUGCGAUUCGAAAAUGUUGAAUGAGUGUUAUCUCGAUGCAGGGAACAACUAAAUAUAUAACUCUUCUCAGAAGUGUUGCUCUAUGGAAAGAGCAAUUUUUUGAGUGGGUUGCAUAGCCUCUGCCGCGGCCACUUACAUGGUGAGGUGGUGGGAACUUAUGAAAUUAUGGGGGUGAAGUGGAACAUCGUUAGCGACGCCAGUGCUCCAAAUCGUUUUGGCCUCGGAUACGUGAAUGAGGGUGCUUUCCCGGUCGAGUGUGAUUGUGUGCGUACACGUUUGUCUGCUGGGUUCCGUGAUGGAGUUCCGGCAAAAGAAAAGUGAUAACGACAGCCACAACCAGGAGCUGUGGUUUGGCGCAUGGAAUACCACACAGCGGGGGCUAACAAAACGACAUAACAACUAGGAGGAACGGCCAGCGGAAGCCGGAAGGAAUGGAUUUCCGAGAUAUUCAUUUCAUUGGCGCCAAAGGGGAGCAAGACUACAUAAAUUGGAAGAUCGCCCUCGGUAGUAUACGAGAAGACGAGAAUGGUGGAAACAACACGAGACGAACCAAUCAACACUGCCUUCCGAAUUCAGAGUCCGGUCCGGGAACACCAAAAGAAGUACAUCAUGAGCCGGAAACUCGCGACCGAACGGACAAUCGAAGUAUCAUAUGAAACCAUGCGCUAUUCAAUGGAAACACUCCAUUAUACAAGAAAACAAUUCGUGGAAAUGGCACCAGCGACAACCCACAUCCUAGGGCUGGAUCAGGAAUUGGUUGACAAAACAGCACUGUAUUCGCUCGACAUGAUCUGUUAUGAUUUGUUUCUAUUUCUCAGUCUGAUGAACUGUGAUGGAAUAAAGUUUCGCAACAAUCGAUGACAAAAAAGAACCUGCUGAUUUGAAUACAAAAA